AUGAACCAGAUCUGGCAUGGGAGAAAUAUUGCUGAGAUUCUUGACCACACUGCAAAAGAAGAGAUGGAAAAGAACACGAAGUAUCUUCAUGCGAUCUUCUCCACUUUGCAGCAUCUUGCCAAACAGGGAUUGCCCAUGCGAGGACACACUGACCACAGCAGCAACUUCCACACUUUAUUGACAUUGCGAUGCAAGGACAUUGAAGGUUUCGACCGGUGGCUCAAAAGGAAGUCGUCAUGGACCUCACACCAGAUGCAAGAGGAGAUGAUCGAUAUGAUGUCCAGAUCUUUGAUGCGUGAGUUGGCUAAGGAAAUGCAUGGGAAGGCAUACGCGAUCAUUGCUGAUGAAACCACUGAUGUGUCCAGGUUGGAGCAACUUUGUAUUUGCGUCCGCAUUGCAACAGGCGAGCUGCUGGUAGAAGAGAACGUCCUUGGCAUGUACGCGAAUGAUAAGUGUGACGCAGAGUCCGUUUACAAGACUAUCAAAGACGCAUCAAUAUAA